GGAGUUGUUGGGCGUGAAAACAAGAAACGACAAACAGAGUUGCUUUUCAGCUUCACAAAAAAAAAAAAAAAAAAAAUUGCUUUUGAGAGAGCCGAGAGGAACAGAAAUGGAUGAUAGCAAAAUUCAGGAGUCAAGAAGAUCGCUUGAAGGAAAAUCCAAAGGAACCAUGGGAACUGCUGUGGAGACCUCAAGUUCCGAAGGUCUACAGAUCCUCCAAGCCCAUCAGGGCUUUUUCCGCUGUCACUUUGUCGUUCCAGAUCACCUCUUGGAUCAACAUGGAAAUUGGCACGCCGGAGCGAUAGCCACGCUGAUUGACAUAGUCGGCGCUGCCGCCGUGUACUCUAUUGCGGGUCAUGCCCAAGCUUCCGUGGACUUCACUGUCUCAUUCUUCUCAACGGCCAAGUUUCAAGAAGAGAUUGAAAUAGAGGCCAAGGUUGUCGGAGGACAGGGAAACCUUAUAGCUUUUGUGGUGGAAAUUAUAAGGAAAAGUAGUGGAGAACUUAUUGCCAUUGGUAAGCAAUGGACGACCACAAAACCUCAAGCGAGAAGCAGUAGGCUCUGACUUAAGCUUUUUUAGUUUAGUUUAUAUGGUGAUUUUUCAUGGUUUUAAAGAGAAGAACGAUGUUUACCAAAAAAAAAA